GAAGAGCGAGCUGGGGAGAGCAAGACGAGUUUGAAGGCGAGGACCGGUGCGAGUUAGGCAGCCCCUGAGGCUCUGCUCGUCCACCGUCCAUCCCUUCCUCUCUUCUCUCCCAGCUUCUCUCUCUGCCCUCAUCUUUCCCCCGGAAACCCCCGAUUUUGCCAAAGGAAGGAGGUAAGGGGAACCCACGCCCCUCCCCCUCCGACAAAAUAAAAUAAAACUUUUCCAGUCGGAGAAAUCAGGAGAACGAGUCGCUCGGCUGGCCAUGGAGCUGCUGUGCUGCGAGGUGGACCCUGUCCGCAGGGCCGUGCCGGACCGCAACCUGCUGGACGACCGCGUCCUGCAGAAUUUGCUCACCAUCGAGGAGCGCUACCUUCCUCAGUGCUCUUACUUCAAGUGCGUGCAGAAGGAUAUCCAGCCAUACAUGCGCAGGAUGGUGGCUACCGGGAUGCUGGAGGUUUGUGAGGAACAGAAGUGUGAAGAGGAAGUCUUCCCUCUGGCCAUGAAUUACCUGGACUGUUUCUUGGCUGGGGUUCCGACUCCGAAGACCCAUCUGCAGCUCCUGGGUGCUGUCUGCAUGUUUCUGGCCUCCAAGCUCAAAGAAACCAUCCCGCUGACCGCGGAAAAGUUGUGCAUUUACACCGACAACUCCAUCAAGCCCCAGGAGCUGCUGGAGUGGGAAUUGGUGGUGUUGGGCAAAUUGAAGUGGAACCUGGCUGCUGUCACCCCUCAUGACUUCACUGAGCACAUCCUACGCAAGCUGCCCCAGCAGAGGGAGAAGUUGUCUCUGAUCCGCAAACAUGCCCAGACUUUCAUCGCUCUGUGUGCCACCGACUUUAAGUUCGCCAUGUAUCCGCCAUCGAUGAUCGCAACUGGAAGUGUGGGAGCAGCCAUCUGUGGACUCCAGCAGGAUGAGGAAGUGAGCUCUCUGACUUGUGAUGCCCUGACUGAGCUGCUGGCCAAGAUCACCAACACAGAUGUGGAUUGUCUCAAGGCCUGCCAGGAGCAGAUCGAGGUGCUGCUCAACAGCCUGCAACAGGUCCGUCAGGAACAGCGUGAUGGAUCUAAGACGGAGGAUGAACUGGACCAAGCCACCACCCCUACGGACGUGCGGGACAUCGACCUGUGAGGCUGCCAUUCGGGCCCAGGGAGAGAGGCGCGUUCAUCACCUGCUCUCUCCCUCUCUCUGGUUAUGUUUUGUUCUUUGUGUUUUAGGAUAAAAUUCUGCCCCCACCUAGAUCAUAUUUAAAGAUCUUUUAGAAGUGAGAGAAAAAGGUCCUAUAAAAACAGAAUAAUUAAAAAGCAUUUGGUGCCUAUUCAAAGUACAACAUAAGGGAAUCCCUUGUAUAUGCGAAGUUAUCGUUUGAUUAUGUAAAAGCAAUAGUAAAAUGCUUACAGGAAAACCUACAAA